GUUAAUUUUGAUGUACAUGGUAUAUAUACCCUCAUGUGUAAUAAGGUCUAUAUAAUUCGUCAAGAAAUUUUCCAAUUAAUUUAUUAAUGCUCUCAACUGCACAAAACGUUUUGUAGUUGAGCACCAAUAACCGACUCCGGCGCGGCCAGCAACCGCCGAUUUCCUCCGACCAAAACUUCUUCCUUCUCAUCACCGUUCAAGUUCCAGUCAAUCAAAAUAAGCAGUAUGCUCAUAAACUUACUCCAAUGAAUCAACAUCAACUCAAGACCCAGAAAAAAGACGAUCGGACAUAACUAAUGGCAGUUCCCAAUCUUCUUCUGUAAAUAAGUUUUUACACACCCAGGCCGGUUCUUGAUUCAGGCGUCGUUUGGGUUUCCGGUGACUUAGCCGGAAAGAAGGAAAUGGAGAGCUACAAUCAGCUGGGUGAGGAAAGCGUGGUCGUGACUGCGAGGCAAAGGGGUAACGGCCAUAGCAACUUCAUGUACGGCGGCGGCGGAUCGGUUCUCGGAAGUUACGGGAGACCUUCCGGCGCCGCGGAAAGCAACCACAUAUCCACCGGGUUUCACCUGCAGUCCGGCGGCGGCGGCGGCGAGUGCUACAGCCAAUCGGAAGGGCAUUCUCCUCAGGUUAAGAGCGAAGGAGAAAACGCUUCUCUUCACCACCACCACCAGAUGUUUCAGUACCCUUUGAUAGCCCGAGAUCAUGAGUAUCAUCAUCAGCAGCAAGGGCCGCCGGCGACCGGAAACUCAAUCGGUGACGGCGAUGCUUUGAAGGCAAAGAUCGUGGCGCAUCCCAACUAUUCUAACCUCCUGGAAGCGUAUAUCGAUUGUCAAAAGGUCGGUGCUCCGCCGGAAGUGGUAGCGCGCCUGACGACGGUCCGGCAAGAGGCGGAGGGGAAGCAGCGAGCUUCGUUUGGUUCUAUAGAUUUCUCCAAGGACCCCGAACUCGACGAAUUCAUGGUGAGAUUAACUUUCUGGGACAUCCGAAAUAGAAAAGUGGGAAGUUAAUUGCAGGUUAUAAAAAAGUUUCGUGAAAGGUUAUGAAAAAGUUUCGUGACAAGUUGAAAAAUCGAAUCACCAAACAAGUUUGAUGGUACAGGGUGCUUACUGUGAAAUGCUGGUGAAGUGUGGGGAGGAGCUGGCGAGGCCUUUCCAAGAAGCAAUGGAGUUCAUGCGACGGAUUGAAUCGCAGCUUAACGUUUUAUGUGAUGGUCCGGUCAGGAUUUUCAACUCCGAUGGAGACGAGAAGUGGGAGGGGGUUGGGUCAUCCGAGGAGGACCAAGACAACAGCGGAGGGGAAACGGAGCUCCGAGAGAUCGACCCGCGGGCGCAAGACCGGGAACUGAAGAACCACUUGCUGAGGAAAUACAGCGGCUAUUUAAGCAGCCUGAAGCAAGAAUUGUCAAAGAAGAAGAAGAAAGGGAAGUUGCCCAAAGAAGCAAGGCAGAAGUUGCUUAGUUGGUGGGAGCUCCACUAUAAAUGGCCGUACCCCUCGGAGACAGAGAAGGUGGCGCUGGCCGAGGCAACCGGUCUCGACCAGAAGCAGAUAAACAACUGGUUUAUCAACCAAAGGAAAAGACACUGGAAGCCAUCUGAGGACAUGCAGUUCAUGGUGAUGGCGGAUGGUCUCCAUCCACAGACCGCCGCGGCUGCCGCUCUUUACAUGGAUGGACACUACAUGCAUCAUCAUCAUGUCGGCGCUGACGCUCCAUAUCGCUAGUUUCAUGCAUUUCCCUGGUUUUUCUUGUUGUCUUUCGUAAUUUAUUGAUUAAUUCAAGAUAAUCGUUGUUAGUGUAGUCUGCUGUUUCAUCAAUUUUAAUUCCUUUCUUUGGCAGCUCAAUCACCUUGUUGACAUUAAUUGUAUUGAUUGUUUUUCCAGAAAUGCCAAUUCAACCUUUGUUAUGAAAUUACUUUAUGUAUGUAAUUGAUUAAUUAAUCUUUGUUACGUGUAUGAAAAAUUAA